CCGAGCCGGGUUCAGCCGCAUCGCGCCGGUCUGGGCUGAGCAGCGCCAUGAUUUUCGAUCGCCUCAAACGCUUCUCCAUCGUGCUGGAAGGCGCCGAGCGGGACGGCCCGGCCGCCUUCAGCCCCGGGCAGGCCGUGUCGGGCCGCGUGGUGCUGGAGCUGGCGGCGGCCGCGCGGCUCGGGGCGCUGCGCCUCAGGGCCAUGGGCGCUGCCCGCGUCCACUGGACCGAGUCCCGCAGCGCCGGCUCCAGCACCGCCUACACGCAGAGCUACAGCGACCAGGUGGAGUUUCUGAGCCACCGAGACACGCUGAUGGCACCGCCAGACAAUGGUGAGGCCACUGUGCUGCAGGCAGGAAAGCACGAGUUCCCCUUCACCUUCCAGCUCCCCGAAACCCUGGCCACCUCCUUUGAGGGGAAGCACGGCAGUGUGCGCUACUGGGUGAAGGCCAAGCUGCACAGACCCUGGUCAACAGUGAAGAAAGCAAAGAAGGAGUUCACUGUGAUUGAACCCAUCGACAUAAACACCCCUGCACUGCUGGCUCCCCAGGCAGGUGCUAAGGAGAAACUUGCUCGUGCCUGGUACUGCAACCGUGGCCAAGUGUCUGUGACUGCCAAGAUUGACCGAAAAGGCUACACCCCAGGUGAGGUCAUCCCCAUCUUUGCUGAGAUUGACAACUGCACCAGCCGGGCCGUGGUGCCCAAGGCCGCCAUCAUCCAGACCCAGACCUUCAUCGCCCGGGGCACCAAGAAGCAGAAGAAGUCAGUGGUGACCAGCAUCACUGGGGACCCCAUUCCAGCUGGGAAGAGGGAGGUGUGGCACGGCCGGGCGCUGAAGAUCCCGCCCGUGGGGCCGUCCAUCCUCCAGUGCCGCAUCAUCCAGGUGGAAUAUUCCCUGAAGGUUUGUGUGGAUAUUCCUGGGACGUCCAAGCUGCUCCUUGAGCUGCCUCUGGUCAUUGGGACCAUCCCCCUCCAUCCCUUUGGGAGCCGCACCUCCAGUGUCAGCAGCCAGUACAGCGUCAACCUGGACUGGCUCAGCACCAUCCCAGAGCAGCUGGAGGCCCCCCCUGAGUACUCAGCAGUGGUGUCCAGCCCCGAGGCCGAGCAGAGCCUGGCUCCCCCGUGCCGCAGCGAGCUCGGGGACAUCCUGGAGGGUCCCUUCUUCGCCUACAUCCAGGAAUUCCGCUUCCGACCACCCCCGCUCUACUCAGAGGUGGAUCCCAACCCGGCGUCAGACGGCAUCCGCCCGCGCUGCAUGACCUGCUGAGAGGAGCGCUCUGGCUGCGUGCGGCAGCGUGACGAUCCCUGGGGAUGGCAGCUUGCAGCCUCACAGCACUGGGGUCUGGGAACGGGCACGUGCCACCCCGACCCUGCUCACAGCUCUCGGCCACUCCUGUCGUCACUGUCCCCAGGCCCAGAGCCAGCGCGGGGCAGUGGCCCCGGCACGGGUAGGAGAACACGAGGAGCCGGGUGGGACACGCAGGGUGCAGAAGUGCCCUGGGAUUUUGGGGUUGGAACAGGGAAUUCAAGCCCAGAUUGCUCUCCCCUUGCCUGCAGUGCCGUGCUCUGAAAACUUCUGUCAGCUCCUGGUGUGCAGAGCAGGAGCUUGGAGGUGUUUCUCAGGAUUACUGGAGAGUGUUUGUUUGGAUGGUGCUCAGGGCUGGGCCCUGGGGUGAUGCAGGUGCUGCCCUUUGCCUGUGGCUCGCCAGGACUGCAGGUCCCCAAGGCAGUGAAAGGUCCUUUCCUGACUGGAUGAAAUAGAGGGCUCAGCC